UUUCUCUCAGUGUUUCUUUGAAGUGAGGAAGCUGUGCAGUGUGCAGACAGCAGCAUUAGAGCCGUGGAGAUGCACUGUAUGGAGGGAGAGAGAAGAUGGGGGAGGAGAAAUGAAGAAAGGAUAGUUUUAACUCCUCUGCCUGUUUCCUUUCACUUCAUUCGUGUCUGUUGUUUGCUCUACACACUCCUCCAUGCAUUUUUCACAGAAGUUACUGAUGGAACGCAUUCUGCUGCUGGCGGUCAUGCCCGUUGUCCUACUCGCUGAGUUUCAUUCUACAACUCCGAACAUCACUUUAUUUGAUCCUACUACAACUUCUAGUCCAACAACCACUCCAUGUGUUAGCACCGCUAAGCCCACCAUAAUCCAGGUCCAACAUGUACUGGGCAGGGUGAAGGUGGAAUGGGGCAAAACAAGUCCAUGUCAGGGCAGGAUUUUCUUCUCAAUCGAUUUCACAAAACCAAAGCCUGUUUGUACCCAAAGUGUUAAAAUAAGUAAUUUAGGCAAUGAGCUGUGUGAGGAGAGGAGAUGCGGAAAGUUCCAAGAAUUCAAGUUCAACAAAGCUGAGGACGGUUACAUCAUCUCUAAGAAUCUAUCUGUGAUGUCUGACCAUUGCUCAACCAUGUCCAUCGCCUGCAGUGACAACAACGAGCUGUUGGCCUAUAAAGUGGCCACUGGCUUGCUGCUGGUGCUGGUCCUGACUGCCAUUCUCUUUCGAUUUGCAUGGCCGACAUACAUAGCCGUCCGCAAUAGAUUUUCACAGAAGCAGCAGAAUCGUUGGAUCGGCCCGACGCAGAGUCAGAGCGUGUCCUAUCACAGAGGCCAGGCUGGUCAGCUAAAGAACAAUACAGUCAAGGGGCAGUCCUACCCUGGUUUGGAGAGGCUUUCGGUAAAUCCCAGUAGAGAGCCUUCGUCAAACAGGAACAGUGACUACGACUCUUAUGCCUACAACUGAACACCUCCGUGCGUGAGGCAUCACCGUGCAGGAGUCGCCGUAGGCUGAACUUUGUGUAUAUGAUGAUUUGAAGGGUUUUUUCCCUCUCCGCUUGUGACCUUUGGCUCUAUGCUACUGUGUUCAGUGGAAGCCAGACAGGAGCAAUCAACACAGAACUAAGCAAUCUAAAAUAUAUGAUUUGUGUGAACUGACAAAUAAUACCUAUGAUUUUGCUUUACGCUCAUAUGUUCAGUCAUAUUUUUGACUUGAAAGAAUUUGCUAAGGCAGUUUGAUUCUGCAGAUGUACUAUGAGGACGGCUGAUGUAAAGUGGUAAACAGGCCUCAGUGAGCAAGGUAAACUAUGUUGUUUAUUUAUUUGUUUGUUUGUUUAAUAAGAAUAUUUCACCUGAGAAUAUACCUGAGAAUAUUUCACAAAACAGAAUGUCUCAUACAAGGCCAUACAAGAGGGUGAUAAGGCAAAAUAAUAGAUCAUGAUGCUCAAAGAUAUUUCCAUAAUAUGCAAUACGAAUCAUGAUAUUUAGCCUUAUUUGUGAAGUCAGAAUAGACAAAAUGCACCAACAAAACUUGUACCAUAUUUUAAAAAGACUAUGAAAAGGAUGAAUUUGUAUAAUAUUUUUUUGUUUGAAAUGUAUUUAUUCAACAUUUGUAAAAAUAAACGGUUUCAGAAGAUCAGGCUAAUCGUGAAUAAAUAAAAAUUAAAAUAAGAUGUCAUAAUGGGUUGAUAUCCAGCUCAGCUAUUUGUUACCAUGCAGUUUAUACAAUUAACAUACACUGCAUGUUAUUGUUUACCGGCUCUCUAUAGCCUAAUUAGUCUAAAUCUUGUUUAUGAUCCAUGCUGGUGUUUGGUGUUCUAGAAGUACCGAUGAUAUCCAUGACAUAAUCAGAUAAGCAUCCUACGAUGUAGUUUACUACGAUAACGUAGUAACCACAGAUGCCCUGAUAAUUUCAGUAGAAAGUCAUGCCUGUUUAAUCUGAGGAGAAGUCAGAGAUGUUCCUAUUGGACAGUCACAGCCCCAGGUCACAAGUUUCUAAACUUUUCUAAACUUUUUCCCAAAUUCAAAUGUCUGGAUUCCUACAAACCCUGUUUUAUUGUUGCUUAUGUU